CCUGCUCUGUGACUGUCACCGGCCAUUCGGGGGCCAGAAGAGGAGCUGCGUCACCGGCUGCCGAGUGACAGCGACCGGCGUGUCCAACGGAUGAAUACAAACCGUCCCCUGUGAAGGGGGCUGUGCGGGGAGAAAGCGUGUGCGGCUCCUGUGUAUAUGUCCCAGCGCUGUCAUGUCUUCCACUCACCCUCGAGUGAAGCGUGGCUCCAGCUCCCCCCCAAACGGGCCCCCGGGCUCAGGUGGAUCAGGGGCCAGCCGCCUCCUACAGCCUAUCCGGGCCACUGUGCCCUACCAGCUCCUGCACAGCCCCAGCCGCUCCCCGUCCGCCUCUGUGGGGAGUAACACCGAGCCUGGCCCCCACAGCCCCUCCAACGGCACCCCACCGUCCCCCCUCCUCCCUCAGCAUGCCCCCGGUUCCGAGGCGCCCGGGGCCAGGCUCCGCAGGAGGAGAAGCACCUCCCCGGACAGGAGGAGCGCCGGGUCCCCCGGGAGCAGAGCUGAGAGAUCAAAUUCACAACACCUGAGAUCAUCCCAUACAAUAAGACGGACUUCUUCGUUGGAUACCAUAACUGGACAAUACCUGACUGGACACUGGCCCCGGGAUCCUCACGUGCACCACACAUCAUGCAUGAAUGAUAAGUCUACACAGACGCCUAGCUGCUGGGGAGAGGAAGGCACAGAGAAGAAAAGCAGCCAUCAGCGCUCUGCAUCUUGGGGUAGCGCCGAUCAGCUUAAAGAGAUUGCCAAGCUGAGACAGCAGCUUCAGCGUACCAAGAACAGCAGUCGACACAUCAAAGAGAAAGACGGCCAGUUGCCUCUCCAAGGAAACCAUAUCAAUCAUGCUCAGACUUCAGCGUCUAGAUCUGUCCCCAUGCCCACUGCAAGUAUGCCUCUGCCAAAAUCCAUAGGUUCCAGAGCUCCAUGUAAUGUUGAAGGAAUAAGUCCAGAACUUGAAAAAGUCUUCAUUAGGGAUACCAAUGAAAAGGAAGAUGGAGUAAAGCCAAUAGAAAUUCCCGAUGGACGUAGAGCACCGUUACCUUCCGCCUAUCGCAGCAGUAGCACGCGCAGCAUUGACACGCAGACGCCUUCUGUCCAGGAAAGGAGCAGUAGCUGCAGCAGCAAUCACUCUCCAUGCGCAUCUCCCUCUUGUCCGCAUGGGUCGCAGGAAGGUAGUCCAUGCUCGGCAGAUGACUUGCUCUACGACCGUGACAAAGACAGUGGGAGUAGUUCACCGCUGCCCAAGUAUGCCUCUUCUCCCAAACCAAACAACAGCUACAUGUUCAAACGAGAGCCCCCAGAGGGAUGUGAGCGAGUCAAGGUCUUUGAGGAAAUGUCGACACGCCAGCCAGCCUCUACUGCUCUCUUUUCAUGCCCCGACAAAAACAAAGUUAAUUUUAUCCCCACGGGAUCAGCUUUCUGUCCUGUGAAACUGCUAGGGCCCUUGUUACCGGCUUCAGAUCUGACUCUCAAGAACCUUCCAAACACUGUUCAAAACUCGCCUGUGAGCAGUGUGACUGUUGAGCACCUCUCAUCUCAGGUCUCCUCCUCGUCUCUCUCCGGCAAUGCCACCAGCACAGUAGACAACUGCGAGACCAAUGGCCACGCAUCAUCCCAAGACCAGCAGCUAAUGGUGGAGCAGAUGCCUGAAGAUCAGCUGUCCUCCUCAUCUCCUUCUCCCCAUAACCAUGUCGUAACCUAAUUUUCAGCAGAGCAGGCCUCUGUUUUCCAGCAAGCUAACUUGAAUCUGCAUUACAAACCUCUGCAUGUCGAUUGGUAAAUCCUGAUUUAAAAAAAAAAAAUGCUUUACUGCAAGUUAUCAUAUCCGCCAUUGUUUAUCUUGGACCAGAACUGAGCUUUUACGUUCCCCUUUAAUAUUUCUAGUGACAAAAACCCACGCGUAUCGUUAAAUUAUUUCAGUGUGGACUAUGCAUUUCAGAGUUGGAACAGGUAAAUUCUAUUUCGUGUGCACAAACCUUUACAGUAACAAUAAGCUCUGUAGUAUCCUGAAAUAUCACAAAAUGUCCUGCUGUGUCGUGUCCUAUGGAGAAUACUGUACAUCAGGAUUAUGUUUACGAUUGAUCUAGAUGUUUUUGGACAUCUCAGUAUCAGUUUGGUAAAGAGGCUCCCUGUCUACGUUGCUUUGCAGACCUCUCGGAUACUAAGUGAUUUAAACAUACAAUGCAGAUAACGUCAAUGACCACACCGAUUGCACAGCGCCCGUCCUAAGGCCUAGAUUUCAGGUACUUCUCUCGAACUUAUAAAACUCAGGUGACUUGGAAUGUAAACCACGUUGGGGGGGGGAAACCAGCCCUUAUAGCUCUUAUUUUAUAACUUUACUUUUUGUUUAAUUUUUCACAACAUUCCACGAUCUUGGAAUUGAUUCCAGGUGGAAGGUUUUCGACACGGGUCACCCCAAAAUAAAAGUAAACCAGCAAAGCUUGUGACACAUCAACUUAGUAGUAAGUUUUGAGUUUUUUUGUAUAUAUAUAUUGUUUUUUAAAUGCCUUUUUGGCAUGGUCUUGAAGACUGUUGGCUUUUGCCGAUAAGGUGCACGGUACGCUGAAAUGGCAGGUGCAUCAAAGAAAGCUUUCUGAAAGCCCCCCGACUUCUCAACCUCCUGUAAUUAUAAAAUCAAGUUGCCCUAAAAAAUUCAAUAUUUACUUUCUCAUUUGGAAUUUUUGUUUCUCAGACUUUGUAAAAA